AUGCUUCCUCUCUUCAUCAAGAUGCUUCCUCUCUUCAACAAAGUGAUUCCUCUCUUCUUCAAAGUACUUCCUCUCUUGAUCAAGGUGCUUCCUCUCUUCAACAAAGUACUUCCUCUCUUCAUCAAGAUGCUUCCUCUCUAA